UUCGAUAAUUUGAGUGAAUUGGAACAUUUGAGAAUGUUACGGUUGGCGGGUUGUAAUUACGCAAACGAUUGGAUGAUGGGUCGUAUCGGGACGAUGUUCUCGAAUACAUUGGAGAUGCUCGAUUUGAGUGAUUGCUAUCGGAUCACUGCGAAGGGUUUGGCGGGUUUGAAAUCACUUAAGAAGUUACGUUAUCUCAGGCUUGAAGGAAUGGAUCAUGUCAAGGUAUUCUCUCUCAUUUCUGUUCAGUUUGAGCGCUUUUGCUCAUUCUCACCUCCAACGAUAUCUGUCGUCCGUGAGAAUACCGUUGUAUUCCAUUCGGUUUUCUAUACGAGAUUUCCUAAUCGCUUCCGCGAUAUUUAA